CUUUCUGCAGCAGCCAUAUUGACUUCCGAAAUCGGCAAAAGUGUAAGACAGCAUUCUGUGUCUUUGACUUUGCUCAGAUGUUUUGUCUCAUUUUUAGGAGGCGGCAGGAGUAAUAAUAAUUUGACGACAAGAUGGCGUUAAAGAAAGUUAAGGGACAUCUUGAGAGGGUCCUUGACAAAAACCUCCAGGAUCUUGUACGAGGCAUCAGAAACCACAAAGAGAACGAGGCCAAGUACAUUUCUCAGUGUUUAGAUGAAAUCAAGCAAGAAUUGCGUCAAGACAACAUAGCAAUCAAAGCCAAUGCAGUCAACAAAUUGGCAUACCUACAAAUGAUUGGAUAUGACAUCAGCUGGGCUGCUUUUAAUGUCAUAGAAGUAAUGAGUUCAACCAAAUUUACAUUCAAGAGGGUGGGAUAUCUAGCAGCUUCCCAGAGUUUCAAUGAGGGCACUGAUGUUCUCAUGUUAACUACCAACAUGAUCAGGAAAGACUUGAGCUCCCAGCAGAUGUAUGAUGCUGGAGUGGCUCUCAGUGGACUGUCAUGUUUCAUGACUCCUGACUUGGCAAGGGACUUAGCUAAUGAUAUCAUGACCUUGUUGACUGCUACUAGGCCAUACAUAAGAAAAAAAGCAGUAUUGAUCACCUACAAAGUAUUCCUCAAAUUCCCAGAGGCUUUGAGGCCUGCAUUUCCUAGGUUGAAAGAAAAACUAGAAGACCCAGAUCCUGGAGUGCAAUCUGCGGCUGUAAAUGUGGUUUGUGAACUGGCCAGGAAGAACCCCAAGAACUAUUUGUCUCUAGCUCCAGUGUUCUUUAAGCUCAUGACAAGUUCAACAAAUAAUUGGAUGCUCAUCAAAAUUAUCAAAUUGUUUGGUGCUCUGACUCCAUUAGAACCAAGGUUAGGUAAGAAGCUGAUAGAGCCGUUGACCAAUCUAAUACACAGCACUUCUGCCAUGUCACUGCUGUAUGAAUGCAUCAACACAGUUAUAGCAGUCCUUAUUUCUAUAUCUUCAGGCGUCCCCAAUCAUUCAGCAUCUAUUCAGUUGUGUGUGCAGAAAUUAAGGAUUUUGAUUGAAGAUUCAGACCAGAAUUUGAAAUAUUUGGGUUUGUUAGCAAUGUCAAAGAUCCUAAAAACACAUCCAAAGAGUGUACAAAGUCACAAAGACUUGAUAUUGCAGUGCUUGGAUGACAAGGAUGAAUCCAUUAGAUUGAGGGCAUUGGACCUAUUGUAUGGCAUGGUUUCCAAGAAAAAUUUGAUGGAAAUAGUGAAGAAGUUGAUGAUCCACAUGGAUAAGGCAGAGGGGUCAAACUAUAGGGACGAACUGCUCGCCAAGAUCAUAGAAAUAUGCAGUCAGUCCAAUUACCAGUAUGUGACCAAUUUUGAAUGGUAUGUCAGUGUGCUUGUGGAACUUACUAGAAUUGAGGGAACGAAGCAUGGCAAAAUGAUUGCAUCUCAGAUGUUGGAUGUAGCAAUCAGGGUACAAGCCAUUAGACCUUUCUCUGUGUCACAAAUGGCAAUUCUUCUGGAUAACUCCCACUUGCUAGCAGUGAACUCCCAGAGGAAUGGAAUCUGUGAGGUGCUGUAUGCUGCUGCCUGGAUCUGUGGAGAGUUCUCAGAGCAUCUGAAGGAUCCGAGGAGCACUCUUGAGGCCAUGCUGAAGUCCAAGGCCACCCUCCUUCCUGGUCAUAUUCAGGGUGUGUUUGUGCAGAAUUCCCUCAAGCUUUACUCCAUACUGCUGACCAAGGCAGAGGAGGAGGAUAAUACUGAAUUAGUCAAAGAACUGACACAGUUUAUGUCAGAAAAACUGCCAAUGUUUGUCCAAAGUGCUGAUUUAGAAGUUCAAGAAAGGGGAAGCAGUGCCCUCCAGCUUAUGAAAUAUGUUUUGAAAUUGGUGGAGAAAGAUGUCAAGGUGGCAGAGGAAGUAUCAGCUCUGUUUGCUGGAGAACUCAACCCCGUGGCCCCCAAAGCUCAGAAAAAGGUCCCGGUGCCAGAGGGCCUUGACCUGGACAAAUGGAUUAAUGACCCACCAUCAGAGAGUAGUGAGGAAGAAGAAUCCUCCUCAGCACUUUUUUCAUCAACAACAGACACACACAGAUCACUAUAUCAACCAGAAAAGAAGGUGCAUGAGCCAACUGUUGAGGAAUUAGCUCAGAUGAGAGAGCAAAGAAGGGCUGAACAGGAGAGUAACCCUAAUUAUCUCAAGGCCAGUGCAAGUUCUAAAAAAACAGGCAAUGAAUAUGCAUCAAAUGCAAAUGACAUUCCAGUGGCAGAGAUUGACCUUUCUGUCCCACUCCACAUACCAGCAGGCAUGUCCGCCACAGAUAAGUACAUGCAGCUACAGAGAGAACAAGAAAGAGCUAUGUCUUCCAAGAAGGGCAAGAAGAAGAAGAAACAUAAGAAGGGAAAGAAAGGCAAAGUGGAGUCAGAGGAAGAAGAUGAUAACAUUCCUGUCAUGCAUGCUGUCAGUGCAGCAUAUGAUAUGCCAGAGGGUGCUAGUGCAUCUGAAGGAGAGGAUGAUGGUGGGAAUCCUGAUGACCCCCACAGGUUACUUGAUAUCAACUUAGAUGUACCACUUCAGCCAGGAGAAACUCUGCCAGUCAGAACUCACCAUGUGGUGGGUACAAAUGAACAGCCUGAGAAGGAGGAGAAACCAAAAAAGAAACACAAAAAAGACAGAGAAGGCAAGAAAGAGAAAAAAUCUAAGAAAGAGAAAAAGAAGUCCAAAUCUAAAGCUAAAGAAGAGGCAGAAGAACCUAAUCUGCUAGGAGGAACCGAGGAAAGUGCAGCUGUGGCAGAACCAGUUCAAUCUGCUACAGAAACUGUGGAUGUCGAUACUGCAGUGAAAGAAAAUAAAAUGGAGGACUUGGAUUUCUGGCUGUCUGGAAGUGAUGCCAAACCAGCAGCAGAAGCAAAGCCAGAAGAUCCAGAGAAACCAGUCGCCAAAUCUGCUGCUGAUGUAGUUUUAACUUCAGAGGAUGAACAACCUGAGGAGAAGCACAAGAAAAAGAAAGAGAAAAAACACAAAAAAGACAAAAAGAGCAAAAGCAAAAAGAAGCGCAGUGAAUAUUUGGAAACUGAUGGUAUUUCAACUCCUUCUAAAGAACAGAAUGAACUAGUAGAAAAUGGACCUGUGAAUCCAAACCUUCCAACCAUGUCAAAAUACCAAGUACUUGCAGAGAAUUCGCAUGUCUCUCUGACAUAUGAGACUCGUGCAAGUUCACAACAAGGUCAUAAUAUCAUUGCCUCCAUCAUUUUCACUAAUCAUACAUCUAGUCAGAUCAAAGAUUUAGAAUUUAAUGUGAUGGACUCUUUGAACACUAAACUAGUAAGAGCGCAUGGUGCUUCCCAACAUGAUGCAGUUAAAGUUCCAUUUGUACUGCUACCCAAUGCACAAAAUGAAGGGCAAUUUGCUUUCACUGUAGAGCAAAUCAACAUGCCUCAAAGAUUAAGAGGAACAUUAACAUACAUUGUCAAGAAUGAUGAUGGUGCAACUCAUGAUAAAUUGGACUUCAAACUUCAUUUGCCUUGCUCAUCAUACCUGGUUCCUGUAUCUUGCAAAGGGGAUGCUUUUGCAGAAAUGUUGGGUAGUGGAAACUUAAAUGAAAAAAGCUCAGUUACUUUCAACACAAGUGAUAGUGAAUUUUCCAUUAUUUUGGCAAAAAUUUGCUUCUAUACACACUUUUCAAUUGUUGAGCAAGUAGACAACACUGCAUCACUGUUUAGUAAAUCAAUUCAGGGACACGAUAUAUGCCUUCUUGUAAAGCAGUUGGCAAAUAAAGGGAUUAGCAUAGAUGGCAAGAGCACAGACUCCACGCUGUUGUCUAAUGUUACAGAGGAAAUAAAAACUGUUCUGACUAAGGAAGAGAAAAGCUAGAAUAUGUUUCCCAUCACUAAUUGUGAAAGAGAGCCAUGGUGCAAUAUAAAAGAAAGGGGUUGUUUGGAAUAACCUAGCUUUAAAACACUACAUGGUGAAGGUUGUGUUGAGUCCCAUUGCUUAUAACUUAAACACACUUACACGGAGAGGAAGUUUCACACACCUUUUUAUUUCCAAGAACAACUCUCAGCCAACAAUGUUUGCACAAACUAGAGACAUUGUUGGGCACAUUGAUAAAGGAGUCAAAUUUGUUGUAUUAAUAGCAAAGUUCACGGUUCCUAUGUAAAACCAUAUACACGUCAUGGAAAUGGUAAAUUUCACUAGAGGGUGUAAUAAUGUGGGCGUUUGGCAUGAAUACAAACCUGUGAUCAUGAUAUUUUCUUCUUUAGUGGACUAGCAAUCAUGUAUGUCACAAGAUUCUCCAGACAACAAACUUGUAAAAGUCAAGGUAAAUUAUUUUCACUGUAGCAUUACGUCCACUACAACAUAAAACAUUCUGAGGCAGUUUUUUUUUUUUUUUUUUUUUUUAAGGUCAUAUUUCAGUGACUAUUAGGUUGCCAUAAGCCACUUAAUGCCAAUAGCGCCAUGUGAUGAUAACUAUCAAAAAGUUUGCAAGAAUAUUUUGCAAUUUAUUUGUUGUUUCUUGUUAGUUUUUGUGGAAACAUUGAUUGUUCAUUGAAGAAUAAAUGAUGAUAAACAAAAAUUAAAGUAUUAAGAAUAUUCUUGGGGGCUCAAGUGCUGUACCAGUAUCACUGUAAGAAAUUGAAGAGCUCAAGAACAAUGAACAAGUGUAACAAACAAGAAUUGAAAUUAGUACAAUAUUUUAUUUCUAAAAAAGGUAAGGGUUAAAAUAAGAUUUAACAAAAAUUGUAAGGCUGCUACUUAAAUAAGAUCAAUAAAAAUAUUUUCAAACUUCA